UUUAGUAUUCCUGAUAAUAUUGAAGAUUUUAAUAAUUCAAACGAUCAGAAGAUUAAUAAAACAUCAAAAAUAAAUAGUAUUUUUAAAGGUGGUAGUAAAAGAUUAUCUAAAGUAUUUAAAAGGUUACAAAUAAGUUCAAAGAAUGAUUUAGACAUUCAAAAUGAUCAUAAGAAAGAAAAAAUGCAACAAAUGAAAGGAUCAGUUAAUGAUGAUGAUGAAAUACAUAAUAAUCUAAACCUUCAUUCAGAAGAUCAAGAUGAAUUUGAGAUUCCUGAUG